AUGGUGACUGCUUGGCUUGCACUCAGCAUUAAUAUUAUCACGUCGAUCGUGAUUAUCAUCGCCGAUCUCAUCCUUUUGUGUAGGUUCUGCAUUCGACACCGCGAAUACAAGAUGUACUCCAUGCAGAAGCAAUUCCAGGCAUCACGUGAUUCGGCCACUUACGCACGCACUCCCGCACUCGCCAUUUAUCUCAUCGGAAGACAGUUAGGAAUGAGCGACGAAGAGAUUCUCGCCGAAUACGAGAAGGAUUGGGGCGAACGAAAGCUCAUCGUUGAGUCAAUUCUGGGCAAAGAGGACGAGGAUGAGCUGUGCCGUUUCUUUCUGCGCAACUACAUGUCACGCUUUAUGCAGUACGGAUACGCCGAAGAAGCUCUCAUGAUCUCGGCGCUCAGGCAAAAAGCGAUUGAUGAGCAACAAAUGAUGGCGUCGAUUGGGAUGAAA